AUGAGGACGACAAAACUUAGGAGGACGCUUGUGCUGUUGGUCAUCGCGAACGCGAUUUACAGUCAAAAUGCGACUGUGAUCACCAGCGACGGCCUUCGAGGGUACGACCCUCAGUUCAUGGUCGGCUGUUACUUUCCCGCGGAACUUCAGGGUGAGUUCGUGACACAGGUGAGCGGAACGGAAGCGAGCGAUACAACUGGCGAGCCCAUUCAAUACUCCACCAUUAACAUCACAUACAACGCUAUUCCUGUAUGGGGUUAUUGCCACAGGAGGGUCGGUGAUAACGUGUUGCUAAUGGACAGAUACGGAGAUGGCGAAUGCAUCAGAUGUUUCCAUCUGCUGAGGAGAUCAAGGAACGUCAUUGAAGUAUUUUCGGAGAAUCUGAAUAGGUGUUACACCACUAUAUCCACUGCAUUGGCUUCUUGCAAUUCAUUAAACUCCACGUCUAUACUAUAUCGUACCACGGAGAUUGGCGGUGUUCCUAUCAGAAACGAAUACUGUCCCAUAACUGGACAGUAUCAUUUCAAGUACAGUCUCAAUAACGGAUCCGAAAAGGCCAUUGAAUGCAACAGCUUCUCCUCAUCCUUCAACAACUGUCCCGAUGGCUCUGUUUUAAGGCUACACUUUAAUCGUUGCACCUUUGAAUAUCAAACAAAUCUGACGUUCAACUGUUUGGGUAACUGGCCUGGUCCAAAUGGGUCCACGUAUUUCGCCCUGUUGGACAGCAAUGCGAUUACCGAAGGUAGACCGCAAUAUAGAUGUGGACUAUUUCAUGUCGACAAUAUAAAAGGGAAAACAUACAUGGCUCUUAGUAGUGAUUCCAGUUGCUCCGAAAACUUAGAUAAUUCAACUAGUGGAUACGAGACGUUGGUUCUUAGCAAAGUACCAAAUCAAAAGAAAAUGCCAAAUUAUGUGAAGACUCAUGUAGCGACAUUUCCAAAGUGGGCCCAAGGUUUGUGGGAAGAGUCUCUCAUCAUAAAUGGUACCAUGACUUUUACUGAUUUAAAUGGGUACAAUAGUUAUACUUUCAUUACGGUAGACUCAAAUGAAGAAACCGGCCGUUACAUUGUUUAUUCUAAGGAUCAAUGUGAACAAGCAGCGUACGUCUGUUUAAUGAUGAGGCAACGAAGUGAAAAUGUACUAGAAUUUACAAUAGGAAUGGUGAUGAGUCCAGUUUACCAAACAUAUUUGUGCGAUGAUCCUAAUCUCGAUAAACCUGUUUGGAUGACACAAGCAAGGGUUGAACGCGCAGUGGAAUCGCCUUGUCCAAUUACUGGCCAGUACAUGGGAAUGAUAACUGACUUAUCAGGAAUGUGUGCUGAACUGAGCAGUAAUUGCAACACACGUGAAAUAAUGUAUUUCAAAGUCACCGAUUGCGAGUCUGGAGAACUUUAUGAAGAACGAACAUACUUGUGCUUAGGGCAAUGGGAAGAAAGAGGUGUUAUGUACACAUAUACCAUGAGAAAUGACACUGGUACAAAUGAAUGUUUUGUUGGUUUAAUCAUAAACGAUGAAGAGAUCUAUAUCAAGGAGGCUGGGGAUCAUUGUAUUCGAAAUAUUGGCCCUAAAAAAGAAGGAAUGCGUCUGUAUAAAAAAGGUCAAUGUUAUGGAAACUCUCCAAGUCCUGCACCAACGCCAAUGAAGCCAAUUCCUCGUAAUCCAAUAAUGAGAAUUGCAACGACUCCAAGGUCUAGAAUAUCAGAAAGUGACCAGUUACCAGGAAACAAUAUUCCAUCGUUGUCCUCGGGUAAAGAUACCGCAUCCUGUAAUUUUGUGAUAUUGGUAACAUUUCUUACUCUUCUCAGAGGUAUUGAUAUGCAUGUUUGA